CCCUGCUGGCGCAGCCUCGCUGAUUCUCUCUCCCUCCCCGCGUCCAGCGCUGGGCUUUUUCAGACAAGUGCAUCUCCUAACCAGGUCACACUUCAGCCGCGACCCACUGUCCGUCAGUCACCGGAGUCAGACCGCAGGAGGAAGACGGCGGCGUGAGCUUCGCCGACCGCGGGCUGGGAGGAAGGACGUUAAAAUACUGCAGAAGUCGAGACCCCGCAGGUCGAACCCAGAGCACGAUGCGCGCCUCGAGCUGCGGGCGGCUGGCGCUGCCGCUGCUGCUCCUCGCCGCGGCCGCCCUGGCCGAAGGCGACGCCAAAGGGCUCAAGGAGGGCGACACCCCCGGCAAUUUCAUGGAGGACGAGCAAUGGCUGUCGUCCAUCUCGCAGUACAGCGGCAAGAUCAAGCAUUGGAACCGCUUCCGAGACGUGAGCCACCUGGAGGAUGACUACAUCAAGAGCUGGGAGGACAAUCAGCAAGGAGAUGAAGCCCUGGACUCUACCAAGGACCCCUGCCAGAAGGUGAAGUGCAGCCGCCACAAGGUGUGCAUUGCCCAGGGCUACCAGCGGGCCAUGUGCAUCAGCCGCAAGAAGCUGGAGCACAGGAUCAAGCAGCCUACCAUGAAACUCCAUGGAAACAAAGACUCUGCCUGCAAGCCCUGUCACAUGGCCCAGCUUGCCUCUGUCUGCGGCUCUGAUGGCCACACUUACAGCUCUGUGUGCAAGCUGGAGCAGCAGGCGUGCCUGAGCAGCAAGCAGCUGACGGUGAGAUGCGAGGGCCCCUGCCCCUGUCCCACAGAGCAGGCCGCUGCCUCCACCACCAAUGGCAAACCAGAGACCUGCACAGGUCAGGACCUGGCUGAUCUGGGAGAUCGGCUGCGGGACUGGUUCCAGCUCCUGCAUGAGAACUCCAAGCAGAACGGCUCAGCGAGCCCGGCCAGUGGGCUGGAUAAGAGCCUCGGGGCCAGUUGCAAGGACUCCAUCGGCUGGAUGUUCUCCAAGCUGGACACCAGUGCCGACCUCUUCCUGGACCAGACAGAGCUGGCCGCCAUCAACCUGGACAAGUACGAGGUCUGCAUCCGCCCCUUCUUCAACUCCUGUGACACCUACAAGGACGGCCGGGUCUCCACCGCCGAGUGGUGCUUCUGCUUCUGGAGGGAGAAGCCCCCCUGCCUGGCGGAGCUGGAGCGCAUCCAGAUCCAGGAGGCUGCCAAGAAAAAGCCAGGUGUCUUCAUCCCGAGCUGUGACGAGGACGGCUACUACCGCAAGAUGCAAUGUGACCAGAGCAGCGGUGACUGCUGGUGUGUGGACCAGCUGGGCCUGGAGCUGACUGGCACUCGCACGCACGGGAGCCCCGACUGUGAUGACAUAGUGGGUUUCUCAGGGGACUUCGGGAGCGGUGUCGGCUGGGAGGACGAGGAGGAGAAGGAGACGGAGGAAGCAGGCGAGGAGGCCGAGGAGGAAGAGGGCGAGGCGGGCGAGGCGGACGACGGUGGCUACAUCUGGUAGAUGGCCCUGGGGCCGUGGCAGGCCAGGGUGCCCACGGCCGGGGAGGCGGGCCAGCAGAGGCCUGUACAGAAGCAGGCAGCUUGGUGAAUGGAUCCAGAAAAUACAGGCAGAAGGACCCUGGCUCCAAUGGUGGGACUGUAUGCGUGAGUGUGCAUGGCACGCGUGUGGCGUGUUUGCCUGGGAUGGAUGAAUGCGUGUGUGUGCCUGUGUGACAUGCACUGACAGGCGUGUCCUUGACCCACACUGCUCCACAGGCCCUCUGGCCUCCUUGUAGGCAUUUUCUUUGUUGUUUGUUUUAAAAUACUUACAUUCACACACGUACAGGUCAAAAUUGGUGAAAUGUGAUACCCCCUGCCAUGUCCCCCAGUCCCCUUCUGAUACCCUGGUUUCCACCCUGGCUCAGCAGGCCCUGCCUCCUCCCGCCCCUGCCUGCCCUUCUCCCUUCCCUUUCUGAGGUCAAGUUCUGCCCUUCUCCCUUCCCUUUCUGGGAGGGAGGGCAGGGAGCUGUCUACUAGCUGGGGGUCCUCCCAAAACUGGGCCAAUUCGGUGUGACACCCCCACCAGCCUCACAUGAGAUGGGCCAGGACACCUGGCCACAGCAAGCCCCGUCCCUUCGCUAGAGGCAGGGAGGACCUUGCCAAGCUGUCUGAGGCCCUUCCCAUGUGGUGGGGUGGAGCGGGGUGAGAAGGGCCGACUCAGCAGGGGGGUCUGCAGUUGCACACCUUGGGUGGGGCUCGUAGGAGUGAAGAUGGAGCAGUGCUGAAUGCAUGACCCUGGGAUAGCCUGGCCCCUUUCUGUGGGUCUCAUGUGGCCUGGGCUGCUCUCUUGGAGACAGGGGCCGUGGCUGUGCUGAUGAGCUCUGCCUGGCUGCCCCGGUGCAGCCUGUGUGGUGCUGCUCCUGCCUCCAUCCCCCUCAUUGGGGCCCCCUUGUCCGCUGCAGGGAGCCUGAGGACCAGGAGCAGCAGCUGAGGGGUGUUUGUGUGCCCACCUCCUCCCUGACCCCUCAACUAAAUGCUCCCCUCCUGCUCGGACCAAUAGACAGACUGGCGCCGAGGCCCUGUAAGAGAGAAGCCGGUAGAAAGCCACAAGCUUCCUGCUCUCCAAGACCAUGAUCUUUCCCCAACUCUCCUCCUCAAGGGAGAGGCACCCGGGGACCAGCCCCACCUGUCCCAGCCCCAGGUUUCCCUCUGCCCCUCUCAGGUCCCCUGGGGCUGCUCUGGUGAAGGGGCUUCUCCGUGCUCUGUUUUGAAACCCUGUCAUGUGCAGGAGUUGUGAAAAAUCAGUUGGGGGACAGGACAGGGGCAGCCAGGCUCUGAGGCCACACCUCGCUGUGCGCCCAAUUCUCCUGACCAGGUGGGAGCUCAGCGUACCAGAGGACGAAUGCCCAGGGCUUUGUUAUUGUUGUUUUCCCUAAUCUGUCCAGUUCUCCCCGUUGAAGCAAAUUCCUUAACACUUUUGGUGAAGAAUUUCUUACUCAGACUUGGGCCUCCGACGCCUUUUGGUGCAUGGUGAGUGCAGUGCGUGUGUGUGUGCUUGUGCGCGUGUGUGCAUGCGUGUGUGUGUGUGUGAGAAUCCAGGGGCAUCCUGGUGGCCUGGGAGUGUGAGAGGGGCCCCCAGUGCUGGGUGAGCAGCUAUGAGUGUGGGCAGCGGGGUGUGGGGUCCACAUGGUGAGGCUCCCAGCCUGGCUCUCCUGGGCUUCUCCCAGCAUCCGCUGAGUGUCCGGUGGACUUCACAGAAGAGCCUCACUCUGUCCACCCCUUUACUCCACCCUGGAAUCAACAUCUUCCAAGUCCGCUCUUGGGGGAAAUAACUAAACUCCAUUUAGCCCCAUAAAGUGCUUCUCAUUCUGCAGCAGUUCUGAUCGUGGAGGCGUCACCCUGUUCCAGGUCCCCCAGCCCCUUCUUCCUCUCCCCUUCCCUUCCCUGCCGCCUCCUUCCUCUGGUCCCCUGCGCAGUUCAGGGAAAUGCUGUUUCUUGGCAGCCCUCUGCUCUCCCAGCUACUUGAAACUACUUGCUCUCGCUAGGAUUGGAGACUGCUGGUCUCUUCCCUUGGCCCCAGCUGGACUUCUGGAACUGUCCUCCUUGGGGAAGCUUUCAAGGAUGCCGGGGCGCUGUAGGGUGGGGAGGGGGCAUGGAGGAAGGGUACCCCUCCUCCUCCUUCUCUCCGUUGCUCUCCCCUCCUGGGGGGCUGUGAUCUAUCUGUGUCUCUGGGUCUUCCGAUUGUGCACGUUUAUUUGACCUUGUACAUAUGUUUUAGGAAGAAAGGAAAAGGCGUUGGACUAGCUCCUGGCAGGACUGCAGGGGUCCAGACUUGCCCUGUCUCUGAAGCCCCUACACUGCUUAUCACUUUACUGAGACUGAGGCCCCCACAAAGGUGGACAAAAGCAGGUGUUCCCAGUGGGGCUUGUCAGACAAGCUUAAGGUUUCCUCGCAAGCAAGGUGGCAGGCUGGUCCUUCCUUAACCCUUUGGACUGGUGCCCUUGACCAAGCUGCCUGCCCACCUCCCUGGCUCCUCCGUGCCCAGAUGCCCUUGCCCCAUUCUCCCCCCACGCCCCUGGCUUAGGCAGACAGGGCAAUUAGGGCUGCGUUGGAAAGAGCUCCCUCGACCGUUUUAAAAGAAUGCUUUCUUGUCUGGCCUGGAGGUGCCCUUGGCUACCCCAGGCCUCCUUGGCCCAUGGGUGCUGGGAGAGAUGAUGUCUAAGAUGGGGUAGGUUGGAUUGGAGAAAAUAAAUGUGCCUUGAGAGACCACUUGGAGAAGGUGAUGGAGAAGGUGGCAUGGCUUGGGCAGCUCUGGAAGGAGUGGGAUAGGGCAUCGUGACUGCCCCCUAGUGUCCUGCUGGGGCUGUGACCACACGUGGUGGGUGGUCACACUUCCUUGCUCCAGCAUGCCUAGUUUUAGUGGGCAGGUCACCCAUCCAGCCUUGCAUGAGCUCCGUCUCCCAACUUCCUCCCUGAUGGGUGGGGUGGUCCGGUUUAUAGCACCAUGGGACCCUUCAUUUCACUGAAGCCUGAGCCCUCAGCCCCUAGGGACAACUGACAGCCGCACUUUGACACCUGGGGUCAUUGUGAGACUGUGGGCUGGUUGGGGUUCCAGGGAAGAGACACUGGGGUUGCAAAAGGUGACAUCUGAGGAAGUCCCAAGCAGAGCAAACUGCUUUAUAGCCUGAAGCCUACUUCAACUGUGUGAUGUGCAAUAAUGGAGCUUAGAGUUAAGAAUUGUGUUCAAGUGCUUGGAUUUCCGUCUGUAGAUUUAAGUGCUGAAAUUGUAUCUCUCGGUAAUUUUAGAUGUCCUAAAAAAAUCAAAAAACAAAGUGUUAGACUGUGUGCAUUGAUGGGCACUCAAGCGUCCCGCGGAUCACACCUCUCCCUUUCCCCAGCGCCCCCAGCCCCUCACGCCCCACCCCCCUCCUCCACUUGGGGACCCACUUCAUGUUGUCUUUAUCUGCCUAUUACUCAGCCUAAGGAAACAAGUACACUCCACACAUGCAUAAAGGAAAUCAAAUGUUAUUUUUAAGAAAAUGGAAAAUAAAAACUUUAU